GCUUAGCUCUGUAGCCCUUUCGUUUCUCCUCUUGUGGCCUGGCCGCCUGGGUGGGCUAUAGAUCGUCCUCUAUAUAAUUCCCCUGCUGCUGCUCCGCUCUCUCAGAGCUUUGUGGAAGAGGCAACCGGAGCCACUCAGACGCCACCUCACCGACUGCGUCGGCUUCUGCCCGUUGCUCUCGCUCGCCAUUGCCGCAGCCCUCUCCUCCUCGAGUUUCCUCCGCCUCGCUUGCCCGCCCGCCCGCCUUCUGGAUGAGAAGCGGCGCAACUGGGGCGGCGGAAGUGCGGUCAGCCUGAGCCUUGGGAGUCACUAGACACCGAGCAAGAUUCAGAAGCUAAAGCGCAUGGGUUCCUUGGAGGCGCGGUACCGGCCGGCCGGGGCAGCUGAAGACACAGCUAAGAGAAGGACCCAGAAAAGCAAAAGUUUCAAAGAGGUUGAAAAAAUUGAUGUUUUUGUACUGGAGAAAAGCUCCGGUUGCAAAUUCCGAUCCUUGCAACUUUUGCUCUUCGCCAUCAUGUCUGCUGCAUUUCUGACACUGCUAUACACACCAUCUGUGUAUGAACAUCAAUUUCAGUCGAGCUCUCAGCUUGUUAAUGGGUGGAUAUGGGAUAAGAGAAGUUCUGAUCCUAGAUAUGUAUCUUCUACCAGCAUUCAGUGGGAGGAUGUAUAUGGAACCGUAAAAAAUCUGAAUGGUGGUGAACAAAAGCUCAAAGUUGGACUCCUGAAUUUUAACAGAACCGAGUAUGGCUCUUGGACACAAAUGAUCCCAGAAAGUGAUUUUUCAAUCAUAAGACUAGAGCAUGCCAACGAAAGCAUUACCUGGCAGACUCUGUAUCCUGAAUGGAUAGAUGAGGAGGAAGAAAAAGAGAUACCAUCUUGUCCAUCACUUCCAGAUCCUAAUUUUCCAAGAGGGACACACUUUGAUGUUGUUGCUGUUAAACUUCCCUGUACUCGAGUGGAGGGUUGGUCUAGAGAUGUUGCACGGCUGCAUUUGCAGUUAUCGGCAGCAAAAUUGGCGGUGGCCAGCGCCAGAGGCAAUGGUAGAGUCCAUGUGCUCUUUGUGACUGAUUGCUUCCCUAUUCCGAAUCUCUUCUCUUGCAAGGACCUUGUCAAACAUGAAGGCAAUGCUUGGCUGUACAAACCUGACGUGAAGGCACUAAAGGAGAAGGUCAAGCUUCCCGUUGGAUCCUGUGAGCUUGCUGUUCCACUCAAUGCAAAAGCACGACUUUACACAGUAGACAGACGCAGAGAAGCGUAUGCUACAAUACUGCAUUCAGCAAGUGAAUAUGUCUGUGGUGCAAUCACCGCAGCUCAAAGCAUUCGCCAAGCAGGUUCAACAAGGGACCUUGUUAUUCUUGUUGAUGAGACCAUAAGUGACCACCACCGAAAGGGACUGGAAUCUGCAGGGUGGAAGGUCAGAAUAAUACAGAGGAUCCGGAAUCCUAAGGCUGAACGUGAUGCCUACAAUGAAUGGAACUACAGCAAAUUCCGGUUAUGGCAGCUUACAGAUUAUGACAAGGUUAUAUUCAUCGAUGCUGACCUCCUCAUCCUGAGGAAUAUUGAUUUCUUAUUUGCUACGCCAGAAAUUACUGCAACGGGCAACAAUGCAACGCUCUUCAACUCUGGUGUCAUGGUCAUUGAGCCCUCAAAUUGCACAUUCCAGUUGUUGAUGGAGCACAUCAACGAGAUAACAUCUUACAACGGUGGUGACCAAGGGUAUCUGAACGAGAUAUUCACAUGGUGGCAUCGAAUUCCAAAACACAUGAACUUCUUGAAGCAUUUCUGGGAGGGUGAUGAAGAGGAAGUGAAGGCAAAGAAGACUCGGUUAUUUGGUGCUAACCCACCAAUCCUCUAUGUCCUGCACUAUUUGGGCCGGAAACCAUGGCUGUGCUUCCGGGACUACGACUGCAACUGGAAUGUUGAAAUUCUGCGGGAGUUUGCAAGUGAUGUUGCUCAUGCUCGCUGGUGGAAGGUGCACAACAAGAUGCCAAAGAAACUUCAGGGCUAUUGCCUUCUGAGAUCAAGGCUGAAGGCUGGGUUGGAGUGGGAACGGCGGCAGGCUGAGAAAGCAAACUUCACUGACGGGCAUUGGCGACGGAACAUAACCGAUCCAAGGCUGAAAACUUGCUUUGAGAAGUUCUGCUUCUGGGAGAGUAUGUUAUGGCACUGGGGUGAGAACAAGACCAACUCCACGAAGCAGAACCCGGUGCCGGCAACGCCUACUGCCAGCCUGUGAAACUCAUGAGAUUUGUAGAUAGCUGGAGAGAGUAGUAUACCAGAUACAAACUUCGAAAGCUCCAUACAUACAUAGCAACAGCUUUGUAAAGGUAGCUAUGCUUAGGUCUUUCCCGCAUGACUAUACCUUGUUUGCCGUCACUGCUUCAGCGCCCUCCUGCUGCCUUUUGACGGCUGACAAUUUUUUUGGUUUUUGCUAAUAAUUCAUCAGUAUAGGUAUUUUUUCUGGUUAAGGCUUCCCCGUUCUGUUGCUUCAUUGGCUGUUGCUCUGCUGCAACGGCCUGGUUUGAUGUGUAUGGUGGUUGGACAGUUUUCAGUGAUGAAUCUGGAGUGAUGCAUCAUGAGAAUGCUGACCAGAAAACACUGCUUGAUUUUGGCAUGAAUAUGAUGUCAUCUUUAAU